UGCCGCACUUUCACCAUUAGGAAGGCCGACUCUGAACUUUUUUACACUCCGGAUGUUCAUCAAUUUGUCUCUCUCUCAAGUCAUGUAUGUUGGCUAGCACCACUGUCAAUAAUCCAAGAACCAAUUUUCGUACCUGAGAAUUGGUUUUCGCAAUGCACUUCGGCCUGUCCAGCAAACUGCCCCUCAGCUCUCUUAUCUCUCUAUUCGGUUCUGUCAGCUGCUCGGUAGCCAUUACCACGACCGGCUAUGCCGUGACCCCUGCCGCCUCCUCUGCCUGCCUGUACCGCGCCACCAAUGCGUCCGCCACCAUGACCUCCUCCUUGCAGCCGUGGGCGGUCAUCCCACCAUUCCGGAUAGCCUAUAAUCUGGAAGCAUCCGCUUAUCUCAUGUCCCGAUUGUCCACAAUGUUUGCAUUUGAGAAUUUAUGGGGUUGGGCUUUAGAUUGGGCUUUCAUUGGACUUCUUAUAGUGGGCUAUCUGCCUCGGGUGUUUAACGGGCCCCGGGGUAGUCACGAGGUUAACGGACCUAGGGCCCCCUGCUUGUAACCGACCGUUCCAAUAAUAUUAAUAAAAAAUU